AUGGCGGCACAAGCGGCUCUUCCCCCAGAUCUCACUGACGACGACAUUCAUUUCAUCCUUGAAAAUUUAGAUAUGAAUCUAAACUGUAUGAUACUACAGGCGCUCACGCAUGGACUCUACACCGGUGUCCUGGGUGUCACCCUCUGGAGCAUCUUUAGAGGCUCUACCAAAAACGCCUCCAUUGUUAGAUAUGUCAUGGUUCUCGCCAUCAUCGCACUCUACGUUCUUGCUACCAUUGCGCUAGGCCCACUUUGGGCACUCACGCGCCAUGUGUUCAUUGAUGAAGGACAAAACUGCUACACGGUAUUCUUGGAAUUGGAUAGCCUUAAUCCAACGGUGAUCCAAACAAGAUUGGUGAUUAAUAUCACUGCUUGUAUCAGUACAUUUAUUGCCGACUCCUCACUGAUUUGGCGCUGUUGGAUUGUGUGGGGCCGUCAAUGGCUCGUCGUUAUCGUCCCAGCCCUCUGUACCAUUCUAGGCACAGUGUUCAAGGGCCUCUGGACAUAUCAUUCUUGCUUGGAUAGCACCAAUGAUAUGGAAACUUCUACUUUCGAUGGGUCCGGUCAUGGAGCGGGAAUACGCUCGUACCGUGGAGUCAUUGAAGCACUUAUCGAAUCGGCGGUCCUGUACUCUGCUGUAUUGAUCAUCGACAUAGUAUUUGUGGCUCGUGACAUAUUAAGCGGGGGCUAUGUCGAUAUUCUGACUGCCGCUAUAAGGGGAAUCGCUCCGACACUUCUGGUCGGACGUGUCGCGGCAGGUCACGCAAGACCAGAUGACUCUUGGCAGGAGAGUAGUACUCACACGGUAUCCUCCCUUAAUUUUGGAACUGGUUCUCUUUCAACGCAGGAAGGGGACAUUACGCAGAGCAUUGAACUUGAUAUGACGGAUAACAUAGACCCGGGGCUGGAGAGAAAUUUCGCACCCAUAGAAGAAGAGACCCGAGAGGCGAGACCCUUGGACAUUGUAUGAAGGUUGAUGUAUCCGUAGCAUAUACCAACUGACUCGUCAUUCAAGCCCACUACUUCUCUUUCGUGGAAACCUAUAUUUUAUUUAGCAUAUAAUAUCGAAAGAUUUUCCCCGAC